GUCGUCCCGACUGCGUUUUCCUGUAACGUCUUUGAUCUUACUUAAAAUCAAGCUUUAAGUCCAUUAUUAAGUUUCAGCUCCUCUCUACCCACUCCGUCUCAUUUACUCCGUUUCUCUUAGUAUAUAUAUAGGUUCUGAUUCUUCUCUCCGAUUCCUCUACUUUUUACCCUUUCAAAUCUCCUAUACUCUCACAUAAGCUUUGACAUUAUGGAGAAUCAACAGCUUCACUUCUCCGACUUGAAGGACGGCCGCUCCAAGGAAGUGGUUCAUACCAGACUCCUUCGUUAGUGGGAGGCUAGGAACGUCAAGAAAGGGGGUCAGUUCAUGGGUGUUGAUAUGCUGCUUCUUGAUGCCAAGUCUACGGCGACUCAGGGUAGACACUUACCGAGGGAAGGCCCUGUUUAUGAGCUUAGUGGAUUUGCUGUCUCAAGAAGCAACCCAAACUAAUGUCUGAGCGACACCCCCCCCCCCCCUCUUUCUGUUCGGUUCACUGACCUAACCAGUUUCGUUGAGUUAUCUAACCCUGCCAAACCGAUCCCCAUGGAGAACUUAAGGUUGAGGAACUACGAUCAGCUUAUAGUAGUAGCUAACACUAAUUCUGUUCUACCCGGUACGUUCCCACUGCCUGAGUAGCUUAGUUCUCAAAUUUUUUAAUUUCAUUCACAUAAGCUAAUUUCUCACAUCAAACCUGUGUCUAACGUUGAUAUGCUGCAUAAAACGAAACUCUUACAUUUGAUUUCCCGGUUUCUGUAUCUGUUUAUACAGGUUUGUUGCAUUUUACGAACCUGUUUCUACAUUUCAUUUGUUUGUUUCUGUAUAUUUUCAGGAUGAUCUCCUAAGUAUUUAAUUGAUAACUUUUUUUAAUUUUCAAACACGUAAGCUUUUCUCUAAGCUUAGUAAAUGUUCACAAGCAUAGGGGUUGGUUGCUGAGAUUUACUACAAGACAAUCUCGGUGGAUUCUGAUUGAAAUUAGAAUCAAGGGGGAAACAACCUAAAUUCUGUUAAGCAACUGAGUCUAUAGAAAGCUAAGGAGAGAUUAUUGUAGAAACAGAGGGAAGAUGAAAAGCCAAAAGAUAAAGCCAUGAAGAUGAUCACUGAAAUGGAAUCUAUAUCAAAUGACAGUGAUUGUGAUAUAGGAUAAGUUGCUGGCGUGAACUCUUAAAAAUCAGUAUUAAAAAAUAAGCACAUGUUUCUUAAAAAUCCUAAAGAAUAUCUCUGACCAGAAUAAUAACAUAAAAAUGGUCCAUUGUACCAUAUCUACAACUUGAAUAACUAUAAUCUACAGCUACAAAAUAUAUACAUUUACACUAGAAUGAGGGAAAUUAUAAACUUAGAAACUUUUAAUGGGGUAAAAUUAGUAACAAGAACAAAGUAUAAUGUUCGAAGCAUACUAGCUAUUUCGGUACAACUUAAAGGUGGCUUCAUGAGUGCUCACACUACAAGAAAACAGCGAUAUUCUGAGGGACAUUCCGAGGGAAAGAAAUUUCCUCGGAAAUUUCUGACAAAAUACCGAGGAAGUGCCGAGGAAACGCGAAACUUGGUUUCCUCGGUAUUUCCUCGGAUAUUACCGACGAAAUUCCGAGGAAAGCCGGGUUCGUCGGAAAUUUCUUAUGGAUUUCCGAGGAAAAGACUUUCCUCGGAAAAAACCGACGACCUCCGAGGAAAUAUUAUAGCCGUUAGAGAGCCGUUAGAGAGCCGUUGGGAGAUUUUAAAUAUUCCGAGGAAAUUCCGAGGAAGUAGCCGUUAGCGUCGGAAUUUCCUCGGAAUUUCGUCGGUCUGUCUCCAGGAUUUCAUCUAUAAAUACAACCACCCCUCUUCCUAUUCAUUCACUCCAUUUCUUCAUCAUCCCUCCUACUAUCUUUACAUACGAAUUUGAUUGAAAAAAAAAUGUCUUCUUCAAAUUAUCAUCGUUCUUGGAUCGAUCGACCUCAUUUGGAUCCGAACACGAGAUUGCUUACGGAAGAAUACCAACGAGGUAUAACCGAAUUCAUGGGGUUAGUUCGCCAACUACCGGAAGCAGAAACAGGUAUGUUAAGAUGUCCUUGCUCUAAUUGUAAAAAUAGAAAGAUUAUUAAAGAGUGGGAUGUUUGGACUCAUCUUUUAUUGAGUGGAUUUACACGAAGUUACAAAAUUUGGUAUCAUCAUGGGGAAACUGAAUAUGAACAUUGUAGUACUAGCGAACCUCAGCCGGCGGUUAGAUUAGAAGAACCAAUUAGAACAGAUGUAGAUUAUGGUGUAGGUACUGAGCAGAUGGUAAAUGAUCAUUUUAGAAGGGAAGAUUUACCCAAUGCAGAAGCUAGGAGAUUUUAUGAUAUGUUGGAUGCUGGAAAGCAACCAUUGUACGAAGGUUGCAGAGAUGGUCAUUCUGCUUUAUCAUCUGCUACAAGACUGAUGGGCAUUAAAACAGAUUAUAACUUGGCUGAAGACUGUGUGGAUGCGAUUGCUGAUUUUGUAAAAGGUAUUCUACCUGAGGAUAAUGUAGCUCCAGGUUCAUACUACGAGGUUCAAAAACUCGUAGCUGGUGUUGGUUUAUCUUAUCAGGUAAUAGAUGUAUGCAGCGAUAACUGCAUGAUUUAUUGGAGGGCGGAUGACCAGCGGGUUACAUGCAAAUUUUGUGGGAAGCCUCGUUAUAAAGAUACGGGUGGAAGAGUUCCAGUUCCAUAUAAAAGGAUGUGGUAUUUGCCUUUGACGGAAAGGUUGCAGAGGUUGUAUCUUUCUGAACGCACAGCGCAACGAAUGAGAUGGCAUGCGGAGCACUCAACAGAUGGUGAGAUUAGACAUCCUUCAGAUGCAAAAGCGUGGAAGCAUUUCCAAUCAAAGUAUCCCGACUUUGCGUAUGAGAGAAGAAAUGUCUACCUUGGAUUAUGUACUGAUGGUUUCAGCCCGUAUGGCAAGAGUGGAAGACAAUAUUCUCUAUGGCCAGUCAUUGUUACACCAUACAACUUACCCCCAAACUUGU